AUGUACAAAACUAUGAGAGUCCCAGGCUUGCCUGGACAACCAGGAAUUCCCAGGACACCUGGCGCUCCCGGACGACCGUUGUUUCCUGGAGGACCACGCAAACCUGGGCUGCCCAUUGCUCCAGGCUUUCCUGGAGCACCAGGUCUACCUCGACCUCCAGGUCGACCAUAUUGUCCAGGCGGACCACGUCGGAUGGUUCUGCGUAAGCCGAGUCGACCAGGGCUUCCUGGCUUUCCAGGAGCACCCGGCAUUCCCAGAGCUCCUCUGUCACCGGGUGGACCCAUUGGUCCUCUGGUGCCUGGUCUCCCAGGCGGUCCACGUUCUCCUGGCAGUCCAGGAGGACCUGCUGGACCAGGUGGACAGUUGAGGAUGAUCCUGAACGGAGCAAGUGCCACACACACCUACCGUAUCACAGACACCAUGCAUUUCGAUGAGGAGCAGCGACAUCGCGAUGCCGCACGCGACUGUCGCCAUCAGUGCGCAUACGCACGCCACACAGCCGAUAAUUCGUUCCACGAAUAG